UCGAUUUCAUUUCCUCACAGCCACAACGAUCCACUCACCACAGCAGCUGAGCUGGUGGACGACAGUAAACACCGACUGGGUUCCUGCUUCCUCCAGCUGAUGGUCCAGACUCCAGUAGCCAAAACCCGAUGAUCGUGCGCCGUCUCACCUGUGGGGGCUUAAUACACUCUCACCUGCAUGCCAACCUGAAAAGGCUGCAGGGCAGCCAAGUAAUGGCCAGACCCAGUUCAGACCUGGCAGCACUCAGGGAGAUUUUCUCCAAGGCCAAGAAUAUAGCCAUCAUCACCGGAGCAGGGGUGAGUGCAGAGAGUGGAGUCCCCACCUUCAGAGGAGCAGGAGGCUACUGGAGAAAAUGGCAAGCACAGGAACUUGCCACGCCAGAGGCCUUCUCCAGGAAUCCAUCCCGUGUUUGGGAGUUCUACCAUUACCGGCGCGAGGUCAUGCUCACAAAAAAUCCCAACAAGGCCCAUCUUGCCAUCGCAGAGUGUGAGGAGCGACUGAGCAAACAGGGACGUACGGUUACAGUCAUCACCCAAAAUAUCGACGAGCUCCACCGCCGCGCAGGAUCCAAAAACAUCCUGGAAAUCCACGGAAGUCUGUUUAAAACGCGCUGUAUGACCUGUGGUCAUGAAGCGGCCAAUUACAAGAGCCCCAUCUGUGCCGAACUGGAGGGCAAAGGAGCUCCGGACCCAGAGACAAAUGAUGCCCGGAUCCCUGUUGAUAAGCUGCCCAGGUGUGAGCAUAAAGGCUGUCACGGUCUCCUGAGACCAGCUGUGGUUUGGUUUGGAGAGUCUCUGGACUCAGACAUCCUCACUAGCGCAGAGAAAGUGUUGGACAGCUGUGACCUCUGCCUGGUGGUUGGCACUUCAUCCAUCGUGUAUCCAGCAGCCAUGUUUGCUCCUCAGGUGGCAGCCAGAGGUGUCGCUGUGGCCGAGUUCAACAUGGAAAACACACCGGCCACCAUGCGCUUCAAGUUCCACUUCCAGGGCCCCUGUGGGACCACGUUACCCCCCGCGUUGGCACUCCACGAGACUGAACAAACAUGAGUCCUUGACAUCAGCUGCACACAGACUACACUGUCUAACACUGGAGGACUUUAUUGGUACAAAUACCAAAAAUAUUUGGUGGACUAUAAUGAACAGUGUGGUGAUGGGGUUCUUGACAAAUAAGGUUAAAAGACAAAAGAGAAACCGCUUGUUCACACUGACAAAGAUUAAAUAUAAAGUGACAAAUAAGUAGACUAUGUCUUUGUGGCUUCUGUCUUUAACUAGGAGAUGAUGACAGAUUUUAAUUAUUUAAUUUCAGAUUUUCUUUUCAAUAUUGACAUUACAGUUCAUUUUAGCAAAUAUUGCUAUGACACCAAAAACACCGGUGCACCAAAUUUAAGUGUUAUAAUUGUUUAACUUGUCCAUGAGUCAUUGCAAAAUGAUUAACUGUGCUCUUUAUUAAAGGUAUCGUGAAAAAGACAGUGACAAAAAUGAAUAGCAUUGACAAUGCGUUAAAGAGGAUCGCAUAUAGGCCGACUUUAUCACUCCUUUUGCAUUGAGUGAAUACUGAUUAUCAGACUGUAGGGGGCAGUGUUUAGCUACUGCUGUGUAAACUACUACAUCUCCAGAUUGGAGAGAAAAAUAGACUCCUUCCAAAGGAUCUGGGGGCUCUGCCUGGGAUAUGUGGUGUGUUUGUGCGUGUGUGUGUUUGUGUGUGUGAAUUCAGUGUGAAUUUAUGGGCCGCCAUGAAUACUGUGUGUGAGGCCUUCCAGUGGGCAUGAGUAAGCUCCAGUUAAACCAGGGAUACUAAUGACUGAGCGUUCCCUCAGCCAGUCAGGAGGAGACGAGGGAUUUGUUACAUGUAUGUUAAGGCUUUGAGAUGGUUGAAACAGCAUAUUCAUGUUAAAUGAAUAAAUGUCAAUGUAAAGAGUGUCCCUGCAGAGCGUCCUCAGAAUCCAUGUGUGCAUGAAUCUAGUAUAAAUAGAAUAACUAGAA